UCGUUGUUACGGAAUUAUCAGACUAAAAACGUUUCAAUUCCAGGCCAAAUAUGGCUGAAAGCAAAACUACCGAUCCAACAGCCACGGAGUCUGGAGAGGAAAAGGACUGGAAAGCAGCAAAAGCCUUUUUUGACUGUUUAAAAACAAACAAACCUAGACCUCCCAAACCCCAGUAUGCCGUUACUAUCGCCGUCUCCUCUCGCUCCCUGUUCAACAUGGUUGCAGAGGGGAAGAUCUACAAAGAAGAUGGGGUCGAGAAGUAUGUGGCCUAUCAACAGGAGCACGACAAUGAGCCGCUCAUGCCAGGGGUGGCGUUUCCUCUAGUGAAGGCUCUGAUGAAUGUGAACGCACGGCUGAGGCGGCUCUACCCCGACAGCGACGAGUUGUUUGACAUCGUCCUGAUGACGAAUAACCAUGCCCAGGUCGGGGUGCGCCUCAUCAACAGCAUCAACCACUACGAUUUAACCAUUGAAAGAUUCUGUAUGACGGGAGGGGAAAGCCCUAUUGGCUACCUGAAGGCCUACAUGACCAACCUGUACCUCUCAAAGGAUGGAGAGCAAGUCAUAGAGGCCAUUGAGGAGGGCAUUGCAGCAGCGACCACGUUUGCGUCCGGAGAUGUGGAGAACCAGCUAUCCGACACACAGUUGAAAGUUGCCUUUGACGGGGACGCCGUCCUCUUCUCUGAGUCGGAGAUCAUCGUGAAACAACGCGGCCUGGACACGUUCUUUGAGCACGAGAAGGAGUUUGAGAACAAACCUCUUGCACAGGGUCCCUUAAAGUGUUUCCUGGAGGCGCUGGGGAUGCUCCAGAGGAAGUUCUACGCCAAGAACGAGCGUAUGACCUGCCCCAUUCGUACCUACCUAGUAACAUCCCGCAGUGCAGCCAGCUCAGGGGUCCGCGUCCUCAAGACACUCAGGAGCUGGGGCCUGGAGAUAGAUGAGGCCCUGUUCCUAGCCGGGUCCCCUAAAAGGCCUCUCCUGCAGAAGAUCCAGCCUCACAUCUUCUUUGAUGACCAGAUGUUCCACAUUGAAGGUGCCAAGGAGCUGGGGACUAUCGCUGCACACGUGCCUUAUGGGAUUGGACAGAAGUACCACAAGGGGAUAUUUAUUGAGCAGCCUGCCAAAGACACGACGUAG